UUUUGCUCGCAGGCAACGCACAGCUUGCUUGUUGUUGUUUGUUGGUUGGUGUUUGGUGUUUUGCGCGCACGCAGCAGGCGAAGAUGAUGAUGAUGGCAACAACACGGUGUUUGUGUUUGUUGGUUGUGGUGGUGGUGGUGGCGGUGGUCUUGGGUGGUGGUGGCGGUGGUGGGCUGGUGUGGGCAAAGCCUGGUGGCGUGUGCACGCCUUCAACGGGAAGAGAACCUGCACCGCCACGUGCCGAAGAUGGCAUCUUCUUUGUGCAGACAGCAGAGGACAUUGACAACCUUGUUGCAGACUGCACCACCUUGGAUGGCAGCUUGGAGGUGGUGUGUUCCGACAGCUCCAUCUCCUCGCUGGAGGUCUUUCACACUGUCACGGAGGUCACGGGCUACGUCCGCAUCGAGGGCUGCCACAACCUCACAGACCUCAACGGCCUUCGAAACUUGAACAAAAUUGAUGGCUCCACGCUGUAUGACAUUCCCAAUCAACAACAGGGCUUUGCCCUUCUCAUCCGCAACAACGACGCCCUUAUGAGCCUCCACGGCCUGAACAACCUUCGGCAAGUCUCUGGUCCUGGAUCGCUCGGUCUUGGUCGUGUUGGCGUUCUUCUCAACGAAGACCUCUGCUAUGCAGAUGCGGUUGACUGGAGCCGCGUUGUUGGGCACGAUCUUGUGUAUCGCGUCCUGGAUACCACAGCAUCGUCGCCAACCACAUGCGCCUCUGCGGCGUGCCAUUCCGCGUGCUCGUGCGGAAGCUGUUUCGGUCCCGAGAAAGAGGACUGCCAGAACCGCUGCACCGCCAAAAGCAGCAGAAACACUUACAUUGUCAUUGCUGUCGUCGUCUUCUGCCUCGUCUUUGGCGUGGCCGUAUGGGCACUGUGGAUGUGCGUGACAAACCGCUGCGGAUGUCGUCUGCGCUUCAAGUCCAACACAUAUCAGCUGGGCGUGCUUAAAGAUUCUGGCCGCCGGAUGUCGCAGCUCUCCUCCAAGCGCGGCUCUGUGUCAACGAUGCAACGAGAUCCUAUUGCCGGUCAAGCUGCCCGUAUGCGCCACCUUCAACAGAGCAUGCGUCGCAACUCACGGCGAGUGGCGCCGCUUCCAGAAUAACACAAGAUGGC